UUUGUACAUUGGUUGCACUGGUUGAGGUAUACUUUAUACGAUCUAAAAAACCGUUGUACUCGUUCAAGAUUUCUCUUUUAGCCAGGUUCAAGCGACAUGGAUAACGCUCAAAAACGCAAAGGAAGCGAGGAGGUUGGCAGCUCUGCAAAACGAUCCCGCCAUGAUGAGGGAAACCCGCGAACCUUCGAAGAAGAGUUGGCUUUGCUCGGUGAAGUCGUGGACAAAGAUCCAGCACACAAGUGGUCCAGACCGGCUGCACCGAAGUUAAAUCCUUCCUCCGAAAGCCUCGUAUUUCAGCAGUUGGAGGUGGACAACUACAUCGGUAAACCCCUGCAGGGAAUGCCAGGGUCCAAGGUUGGUCCAGUGCCGAUAGUUCAGAUGUAUGGGGUGACAAUGGAGGGGAACAGUGUCCUUUGUCAUAUCCACGGGUUCGUACCAUAUUUUUACGUCCCAGCUCCGUCAGGAUUUCAGCAGAGUUACUGCAGUGUAUUUCGGGAUUGUCUUGAUAAAGCUGUGUUGGGAGACAUGAGAUCAAAUAAGGAUGUUACUCAGGCUGUUCUUGCCGUUGACUGUGAGACAAAGGAGAGUAUUUAUGGAUACCAUAGCAACAGGAAGAUCCCAUUCCUUCGCAUCACCAUGGCACUGCCAAAACUUGUUGCACCAGCUAAACGGAUUUUGGAGACUGGCUUUAAAUGUGCAGAUCUCCCAGAAAGAGGAUAUUCCACUUAUGAAAGCAACAUUGAUUAUGAGGUUCGAUUCAUGGUAGACACAAGUGUUGUGGGCUGUAACUGGAUAGAAUUACCAGCUGGGAAAUACAGAGUGCGUUCACCUUCCAUGGGAGGUAGUGGAAAAAGUGAGGCCCAGCCUGUGUCUCAUUGUCAAAUUGAAGUGGAUGUUGCCUAUGAUGAGUUCAUUAGUCACAGUCCUGAAGGUGAAUGGUCUAAAGUGGCUCCAGUUCGAAUCCUGAGUUUUGACAUAGAAUGUGCUGGCAGAAAGGGAGUGUUUCCUGAACCAGAGAAAGAUUCAGUGAUUCAGAUUGCAAACAUGGUCAUAAAUCAGGGUGAUAAGGAUCCAUUCAUCAGAAAUGUGUUCACACUGAACUCCUGUGCUCCAAUUGUAGGGUCACAUGUUUUGUCAUAUAAAAGGGAACAAGAUAUGCUUCAGGCAUGGAGUGAUUUUGUAAAAAAAGUGGACCCUGACAUCAUAACUGGAUACAAUGUUGUGAACUUUGACCUUCCCUAUUUACUGAAUCGAGCAGCAGCUUUGAAGGUUCAGUCCUUUUCAUUCCUUGGACGUGUGAGAGAUGAAAAGAGCACCAUAUCAAACACAGUUUUUCAAUCCCGUGCUUAUGGCAAACGUGAGAACAAAGUCAUAAACAUUUCUGGACGUGUUCAGUUUGAUCUGUUACAUGCCUUGCUGAGAGAUUACAAACUGAGAUCUUACACCCUGAACUAUGUCAGUUUUUAUUUUCUACAAGAACAGAAAGAAGAUGUACAGCACAAUAUUAUAACAGAUUUACAGAAUGGAAACGACCAAACCCGUCGCAGACUGGCCAUUUAUUGUAUGAAAGAUGCUAUUCUUCCUCUGAGGUUACUAGAAAAACUUAUGUGCCUUAUUAACUAUAUGGAGAUGGCACGAGUCACUGGUGUUCCUCUUAGUUAUCUCUUAUCAAGAGGACAGCAGAUAAAAGUUGUUUCACAGCUCCUCAGAAAGUCUAAAGAGCAAGACUUGUUACUUCCUGCUCACAAGGCAGAAGCUGGAGAUGAAUACACUGGAGCCACAGUCAUUGAACCAUCUAAAGGGUAUUAUGACAUUCCUAUUGCAACACUUGAUUUCUCUUCAUUGUACCCAUCUAUCAUGAUGGCUCACAAUUUGUGUUACACCUCUCUUCUGCAUCAUAGUGAUCUGGCUAGUCUAAAACCUGAUGAGUUUAUCAAGACCCCUUCCGGAGAUUAUUUUGUGAAGGCAUCUCUAAGGAAAGGACUGCUGCCUGAAAUUCUUGAGCAUUUGUUGUCUGCAAGGAAAAAAGCUAAAGAGGAUUUAAAGAAAGAAACAGACCCUUUCAGGAAGAAGGUUCUUGAUGGUCGACAGCUGGCUCUUAAGUUAAGCGCAAACUCUGUGUAUGGGUUUACUGGAGCACAAGUUGGAAAGCUUCCCUGUCUGCCAAUUUCACAGAGUGUGACGGCUUUUGGGCGCAUGAUGAUAGAGAGAACAAAAGAACUUGUUGAAGAAAAAUAUACAGUGGAUAAUGGGUACAAAACAAAUGCUCAGGUCAUCUAUGGAGACACAGAUUCUGUAAUGGUCAAGUUUGGAGUGGAUUCUGUCGCAGAGAGCAUGGAACUUGGUAAAGAAGCUGCAGGUUAUGUAUCUGGUCACUUUAUCAAACCCAUCAAAUUGGAGUUUGAGAAGGUGUAUUUUCCAUAUCUUCUGAUCAGCAAGAAGCGCUAUGCUGGAUUGUACUUUACUAAAGCCGAUAAGCAUGACAAAAUGGACUGCAAGGGAAUAGAAACAGUAAGAAGAGAUAACUGCCCUCUGGUUGCAAACCUUAUUAACUCCUGCUUACAAAAAAUUCUCAUUGAGAGGGAUCCCAUGGGAGCUGUUGAUUACACAAAGCAAGUGAUAUCAGACCUUCUGUGCAACAGAAUUGAUAUCUCACAGCUGGUGAUAACAAAGGAGUUGACAAAGACAGGGGACGAAUAUGCUGGGAAACAGGCACAUUCUGAGCUGGCAGAGAGAAUGCGGAAACGUGAUGCUGGUUCUGCUCCCAAGCUGGGAGACAGAGUCCCAUAUGUCAUCAUUGCUGGUGCUAAAGGAGAGAAAGCUUAUGAAAAAGCUGAGUCUCCCACCGGAGAACAAGAAACAUUCCUCCCAUUUAUGAGAACAACAAACACAAAAUAUUACCUUGAGAAUCAGUUGUCAAAUCCCUUGCUGAGAAUAUUUGAGCCUAUUUUGGGAGAGGCAAAAGCAACCUCUGUGCUUCUUAAAGGGCAACAUACACUCACAAAAACUAUUGUAACAUCAAAAGUGAGCAAGCUGGCUAUGUUUACUAAGAAGAGAGAAACUUGCCUUGGGUGUAAAGCAGUCCUUGACAACAAUUCUGCUGUCUGUAAACACUGUAAGCCUAAAGAGUCUGGUCUCUACCAAAAGGAGAUUUCUCACCUGAAUGCAUUGGAAGAAAAGUUUGCAAGGCUAUGGACUCAAUGUCAAAAUUGUCAAGGCAGUCUGCAUGCUGAUGUACUGUGUACCAGUCGUGAUUGUCCCAUCUUUUACAUGAGAAAGAAGGUUCAGAAGGACCUCUGUGAUCAGGACAAACUCAUUCAGAGAUUUGGUGAUUGUACUUGGUGAUGACAGUUCCAUUUCAAGAAAAUAAUGAUUUUCUCAACAAACAUAUCAAGACAAAAAAGAGUGUUCAGAAUUGAAAAAGUAAUGAGUGCAACCCUGCAUGAAUACAUCUCACAUCAUGCAUGUAAAGUCAUUAAGGCAAAAGUCACACCCCAGAGCCCAAAGAAUCAUUAACUUGGAUAUUUUCAAGUGUUUAUAUCUCAUUUGUGCAAUAAAUAAUAGAAGCAACUUGAAAGUUUA